CUCAACACUCACCACUAUUGCACCACUUGUCAUUAGCCUAGAGACUUUGUCUUUCUCUUUUUAUAGUCCCUCCUCUGUGUCACUCUCUCCUCGCUCUCAUUUUCACGCAUCUUUCACACAAACAAAAACCAGUUGAUUGAAUUUGUUACUUUUGUUUAACCAAUGGCUUCACAACAAGAAAGAAGAGAGAACAUAACUGAUGAACAACAUAACAUCCACUUAGAGAAAACCAUAGACCCCAAAAGGGGUGCGGUGAAAGUUCAAGUUGGAACUGAUUUUCAUCUUGCAGGUGGUGGCAUUAUUCAUGUCACAGAUGCUGCUACUGCUUCUGAAAACAAAGGCCAAGUCCAAAGGGAGAAUCAAUCUUCUUUUGGUCAUAAUCAGAAGCAGCAACAUGGGUUUGAAGAGAGACCAGGAGGUGUCAAGUUUGAAGUAAAUAGCCAGAAGCAGAAGGGUUCUCUAGAUUCAAAGCACAAAAGCCAAAUGGAGAACUCUUCAGAAGAGCGCUAUGACAAAGCAAAGGAGUUGGGUGGAUCGGCAUUGCAUAAUGUCAAAGAAUCGGCAAGUCAUGGACUUGGUUCUACAGGUGCACAAGGCAUAGACAAUGUUACACAUGGAGUUCAAAGUGGAUAUCACUAUGUUGCUAAGAAUGCUAAAGACACAGCACUUCAAAAAGGCCAGCAAACUUAUGCUGCAACUAAAGAUAACCUUUCAACUGCAGGACAAAAUGUAGCUCAGUCUGCACAACAAGCUAAAGACUAUACCUUGCAAAAGGCAGGAGAGGCUAAAGACACAGCUCUUCAGAAGGGUCAACAAGCUUGCUAUACAACUAAAGAUACCCUUUCAAGCGUAGGACAAAAUGCAGUUCAAUCAGCACAGCAGGCAAAAGAUUAUGCACUGCAAAAGGCAGGGGAGACUAAAGACACAGUCCGCGACAAGGGUCAGCAAGCUUAUUCUACAACUAGAGACACCCUUUCAAAUGCAGGAACAAAUGCAGCUCAAUCAGCACUACAUGCAAAAGAUUAUACACUGCAAAAUGCAGGAGAGGCUAAAGAUUAUGCUAAAGACACGGUUCUUGACAAAGGUCGGAAAGCUUACUCCACAACUAGAGACACCCUUUCAAGUGCUGGACAAAAUGCAGCUCAAUCAGCACAGCAGGCUAAAGAUUACACCCUAAAAAACGCAGAGGAGGCCAAAGACAAUGCAGCAGGACUGAGCAAGAAUGCAGCAAGCUAUAUUGGGAAGAGAGCUACAGAAGCAAAAGAUGUAACCUUAGAGACAGGCAAAGGAGCAGUAGGAUAU